ACAUGAGCACAACAGACAACUCUGGAGCUUGCCUGCAAAAUACUCUGCAAACUUUGUGAUCCAGUCUAAGAGCGAGGGGGGUCUGAGUGAGAAUAUACGAACAGCAAACAAAAAGCGUAGAUUGUUCCCUUUGGUCUCAUUGUGUCGUGAGAGUGAGCCAGCAAGCCAGGCAGCCAGCAGGCCAGCCAGCAGGCCAGCCAGUCAACCUGCAGCGGACGCGCAAAUCAGCCCCGCAGACAGACGAAAGAGAGCGAGCCUGAGAGAGCGAGCAGCGAUGAUGCUGGGCGGGCACGCGCAUUGUGCAAUGAGGCCGACGAUCAGAGCCACGGCGGCGGAGAAUUCGAAUUCGUCCAAGGGGCGGGUGAUUGUCAUCACGGGGCCUACUGCAGUGGGUAAGAGCUCGGCCGCCAUUUCUCUGGCUCAGCGCUUGAAUGGCGAGAUCAUCAGCGCGGAUUCAGUGCAGAUUUAUAAAGGCCUCGAUGUCGGCAGCGCCAAAAUUCCCUGGAGGGAGCGCCAGAAUGUGCCUCAUCACCUUCUGGACAUCGUCCACCCGACCGAGGAAUACAGUGCGCAGGAUUUCUACGUAGAUGCCAAGGCGGCUACAGACAUGGUGCUCGCCAAGGGCCGGGUCCCAAUUGUGGUCGGCGGCAGUGGACUUUACAUCCGCUGGUUUCUGAAUGGCAAGCUCGGCAGCCCCAAGCCCACUGAGGAGCAAGCCGCAGCUGUCGAUGCCGUGGUCACUCUCCUUCAGAAUGCCAGAGCCGGGUGGGACGACGCGGUGAAGUAUCUGUCUCGAGCCGGGGAUCCUGACACUGCACGCAGACUGGCACGAGGCGACUGGAACAACCUUCGGCGAGCUCUGGAAGUCAUUGAGAUCACCUACCGGCCGCAGACCUCGCUUCCGUCGCCCUUGUUCAGUGCCACCGGGUGCUCCAAUGCUCCUCAGCUCGACUACGACUUCCAGUGCUACUUUCUGUAUAGAGAGCGCAUGGACCUGUACCGACGCAUCGAUCAACGAUGCGAGGAAAUGCUCACGGACCUCUACGGGCAAGGAUUAAUGAAGGAAGCCAUGUGGCUCCUGGAAUUAGGAAUUUUGCCCAACUCCAGCUCACCUUCUAAAGCUAUCGGGUACAGCCAAGCCAUGGAGUUCCUGCUUGCAUGCAGGAAAUCAAGAGGUGUGACCUCCGUUCCCCAAUUCUUGAAUUUUGUCCAAGAGUUCCAAAGAGCAUCGAGAAAUUAUGCUGAGCGACAACUGGCAUGGUUCCGAGGCGAAGAUAUAUUCCACUGGGUCGACGGAUCGAUCCCCGAGAAUGUAGUGGAUAUUAUGGAGCGAGAGUACCACACCACGUCCAAUGGAGCGGCGGUAUCUCGGUCUUUGGAAAGCAAGGCAAGGAUGUGCCACAAACUAAAACCUCUCAACACUUAUGCAGCCCGAAACACAAUAUUCACAAAGCCUUCAGCUUGUGCCAGCAUCCUCCACUGGAUCGAGAAGACUCAAGGCGGCGUUGAACUUCUGGUCUGAAUCGCAGAUGCCAGAGUUGUGAUUUUGUAAUUCCUAUAUGUACAUAAACUUCACACGCACACUUCUUUGUGCAUUGAC